AUGGGCAGCAUAUUCUCCAAGACUACGCCCAAGGCACCAGCAACAGUGGCUACGGACACAAUCAUCCCCUUGAACACCAAUGAUGAUACUACCUUCAAUAGGGGCAUUGUCAUGGGUUUCAUGAUGCGCUUUGACAACGUCUUGAACCCAGAAAAGCUGCACUCGUCACUUAAGAAGCUGCUAGGCCGUGAGGGAUGGCGAAAGCUUGGUGCCAGAAUAAGACUGAACUCUCAGAACAAGCUUGAGUACCAUGUCCCUCAGCUAUACAAUGCGGAAAGACCAGCUAUUGCGUACUCGCACCAGAGGCACGACUGCAGCAUCAAACAUCAUCCGCUUGCUUCGCGGCUACCGAAAGCAACCUCAAGCCCAGCAGUUAUAGGGACUCCACCAGAAAAGUUCCAGGAUUUGAUGCGAAGAUCAGAUGGCCCCAAGUCGAUGCAAGACUACAUCUAUCGCGAUGAACCUCAGCUGAGUCUGCACAUCGUCUCCUUCGAUGACGCGACGCUUGUCAGUUUGACAUGGCUGCACACUUUAUGGGAUGGGAUCGGAAGGCAUGAACUUCUGACUGCGUGGACUGCCAUUCUCGAGGGUCGCGACGAUGAUGUCAAAGUCUUCCACGGGUUUGACACAGAUCCCCUGGAAGAGCUGGGAAAGAACCCUACAGAGCCAUUUGUUCUAGCUGAGCAGCGCCUUUCAGUCUGGGGACUGGUCCGACUCGUUCUGUGGUACAUUUGGGACAUCCUCCGUCAUCCUUUUGAAGAAUCGCGCAUUGCUUGUAUACCGGCAGUGUACAUCGAAAAACUCAAGAAAAAGGUCAACCAAGAGUUAAGUGAACAGAGUACCGGCCCAGACAAAUUAUUCGCCAGCGAGGGAGACAUCGUUACCGCCGUUAUCGGCCGCCUAUGGUCGCAACAUCUGCCUACAAACACCAACAAACCGAUUGUCCUCGGAAACGUCAUCAAUAUACGUCGUGCGCUCGCUCAGGACAUUCUUCCAGAGAAGACCGCUUUCAUAUCAAACGCCACAUCCCUGAUCAUAACUACCAUCACCGCAGAGGACCUCUGGACAAAGCCGCUGAGCUACACAGCUGCCGCGAGCAAGGGACUCGAGCGCAAAUUGAAGCUCGCAAAGCCCUAG